UGAGAAGCGGACCAUCGCACCUUCUGAGAGUUACCUGCGUGGUGACGUCAUCCUCGCAAUGACAACAGGGUCCGGCGACCAGGGGGCCACCUAAAAGGAAUUUGGCUCGACCUGGCAAUUUAUAAAGAAGUGGGGAGGGAAGGUUUUUUUUUUUUUGAAUGUUUUUCUUGCUUGUGGAGUUUCCUUUGGAGUUACCUGAGCUGUGAUCGAUCGGGGAAAUAAGCGUAUUGAGUUCUUCCUCAGCUGCAACUACUGGUUGCAUGACAGUGAGGCCGAGAUGAGUCGGAGAACACGACGUUGGAUUUUAAGAGUUUUACUUUGUUUGGGGAUUGUUUACUUGAAAAUUGGUGGCUUCUCCUCGGUGGUGGCCCUUGGAGCGAGUAUUAUCUGUAACAAAAUCCCCGGUUUGGCCCCCAGACAGCGGACUAUUUGCCAGAGUCGCCCGGAUGCCAUUAUCGUCAUCGGAGAGGGCGCGCAAAUGGGCAUCAACGAGUGUCAGUUCCAGUUCAAAAACGGGCGCUGGAACUGCUCGGCCCUGGGCGAGAGGACCGUCUUCGGAAAAGAGUUGAAAGUGGGAAGUAAAGAAGCGGCCUUUACAUACGCCAUCAUUGCGGCCGGGGUGGCCCACGCCAUCACCGCUGCCUGCACGCAGGGUAACCUGAGCGACUGCAGCUGCGACAAAGAGAAGCAAGGUUUCUACAGCAGGGACCAAGGCUGGAAAUGGGGAGGCUGCUCGGCGGACAUCAGCUACGGACUCAGCUUCUCCAAAGUAUUUAUCGACGCCCGGGAGGUUAAACAGAACGCCAGGACGCUCAUGAACCUCCAUAAUAACGAGGUGGGACGCAAGGUCCUUGAGAAGAACAUGCGACUGGAAUGCAAAUGUCAUGGAGUGUCGGGCUCCUGCACCACAAAAACCUGCUGGACUACACUUCCCAAGUUCCGCGAGCUGGGUUACAUUCUCAAGGAGAAAUAUUCCCAGGCGCUGCACGUGGAACCGGUGAAAGCCAGCCGCAACAAGCGGCCUAAAUUCCUAAAGAUCAAGAAGCCAUACUCCUACCGGAAGCCCAUGGAUACAGACUUGGUGUACAUAGACAAGUCGCCAAACUACUGCGAGGCGGACGCUGUGACGGGCAGCCUGGGGACGCAAGGGCGGGUGUGCAACAAGACUAUGAUGCAGCACAUCAGCGGCUGCGACUUGAUGUGCUGCGGCCGCGGUUACAACACACACCAGUACUCUCGAGUGUGGCAGUGCAACUGCAAGUUUUUGUGGUGCUGCUACGUGAAGUGCAACACGUGCAGCGAAAGGACAGAGGUGUACACGUGCAAAUGAGAAUAUUUAUUGGACGGUGCCGGUGUGUGAAUGCGUGUGUGGUUUUUUUUCGUCAUAGUCACGGACAAACUGGAUCCAUGCUGCACAAGGAGCUACUACUGAGACGUACGUCGGAUAUGUCGGAAGACUUGAAGCUACAUGGAAUACGGGAUGGCUGUGCCGUUCACAUUGCUGUCUGUCACAUAGGGAAUGACUCAGCCAUGUGGAAUAUUUAACAUACUGUGUUUUAGAGAAUGGAGAUCAUUAAUAUUAAUUUAUUUGAUAAGAACUACUGAUUUUGUUUGUUAUGGGUCAAAAAAAAAUAACUAAAUGUUGGGAGGGCUUAGUUUAUCAAAGGGAUCAGAAACUGUUAACACGGUGGAUUUAUUCACUCCGCCUGCUGUUUAACUGGUGUCGGCUCCUCAUAUUAACUUGUGACCCGCUUAUGUCUUCCCUUUUUUUUUGUUGCUGCUAGUCCCGAGAAUUCCCAUUUGUUUAGGUCCAAGCUUCCAAAACACUGGCACAUUUUCCAUUUUUUGGUAAAUAUUGGUUCAUAGAGUAUAUUUUGUAAGAGCCUAUUUUUGUAUGGAUGUCUUAUUUAUAUCUGUUGCAUAAUAUUCAAUGUUAAGGUCUGACAAGUGUCUGUAAAAAAAAAAAAAAAAAAGGCUGAUAUGUUAGAUGCCCCCCCCUCUGCUGUCAAGUCACUGCCAUGGUUGUGUAGUGUGAGUAAUAGAAGCUGUUCUAUGUCUGUUGUUUACUGCAUUUCAUGACUACUACUGAUGGAAUACAGGA